GAAGGCUGGAGUUGGAAAUAAUAGAACUUGUGUUACAUUUAUGGGUAUCCUUUUCUGUAGAGUUACUAAAGUCACCUGGCUAUCUAUGUACCCAUCAACCAAUGCUCAGUAAGCUUUUUAAUCAUCUAUCUAGCCUUGUAAACUUGUAACCCUCCAGUCAAAAGGACCUAAAUGCUAGAAUCUUUGCAUAGCUGAGAUUUACGCCUGCGUAAUCUAGAGCUGCCUGGAACCAUGCCCCAAGGCAGGAAAUUAGAACUACCAAUCAAAUUCCUCUAGGUAGCAGGUGACUAGAACCUAAACCAGAUUCUUAAAAGGUCAACACCCAACUAAGAGAAAUGUUAGGGUCAGCCGCCCGCUCGAGGAUCCCGGAAUUUCCGGGUUGCCGAGCGACCCCAUUCUGAACGCGGCAGGUGUGAGCCAGUAACUAGACGCCAGGGGCCGUAGCCCCUUUAAGAACGACGUCCGGGGCGCGCGGCAGAGCCGCGAAGGUCGAAGCGUUCUUGCUGUUGGAGAGGCUUGAGAACGCCUGGCGGGAGACAUGCAGGCGGGCCGCUGGCUGGUCCCGGGGCUGUCCCUGGCCCUCGGGGCCGGGUUGGGAGCGGGGGCCGUGGCCUGGAGGAACAGGAAAACUAGCCCAGGAGUGGGAGGGCUCUGGAGCCGGCUACCCGUGCUGCCAGUGGCGGCGGCGGCAGCGGGGCCCGUGGUGCCGGCCGGGGCCCCGGGCGAGCUCGCCAAGUACGGGCUGCCGGGGCUGGCGCAACUCAAGAGCCGCGAGUCCUACGUGCUGUGCUACGACUCGCGCAGCCGGAGCGCCCUAUGGGUCAUCGAGCAACUGAAGCCCGAGCGGCUGCGGGGCCCCGGCGACCGCCAGACCUGCGGCUUCCAGGAGGACGACUCGGUGCACGUCUACCAUCGGGCCACCAACGCCGACUACCGGGGCAGCGGCUUCGACCGCGGCCAUUUGGCGGCAGCCGCCAACCACCGGUGGAGCCAGAAGGCCAUGGACGACACCUUCUACCUGAGCAACGUGGCUCCGCAGGUUCCCCACCUAAAUCAGAACGCCUGGAACAAUUUGGAAAAGUACUGCAGAAGUUUGACUCAGACUUAUCACAAUGUCUAUGUGUGCACUGGUCCUCUCUUCCUUCCCAGGAGAGAAGCUGAUGGGAAGAUGUAUGUGAAGUACCAGGUUAUUGGCAAGAACAAUGUAGCGGUCCCCACCCAUUUCUUCAAGGUGCUGAUCCUGGAGGCUCCUGGGGGGCAGAUCGAGCUCCGUUCAUAUGUGAUGCCCAAUGCUCCUGUGGAUGAGAACAUCCCACUGGAGCGCUUCCUGGUUCCCAUUGAAAGCAUUGAGCGGGCCUCUGGGUUGCUCUUUGUGCCCAACAUUCUUACACGGACAAGCAACCUGAAGGCCAUUGCCCCUGGAGCUAAGUGAAAGCAGGGCAAAGGGACCUGAAGAAGAACAGAAUAAGGGACAGCUCAGUGCAGUGGAUAGAAUAUUGGACAGGAUAAUAGCUCUGAUACUUAACUGUCUGUAUGACUGAGCAAAUCAUUUCCCAAUACGUAAAAUGCCGGAAUUUCUGGGGAUAGUGGAUACCUGAAUCUUCCCUAUUUAUUCCUGGGUAUCUCUUAGGAUGUUAGGCUAAAAGUCUGGCCUUACCCUUGAGUACCUAGUCCUGCUUCUGGAGGAUAGAUCAGGUUGGAACUUUUUCAUCUCUGUUGGGGAAUGUCUUGUCUUCCCUAAAAAUUGUUUCAGGAGGUUCUCAGGCACCUCAUAUUAUGAUGGGGAAGAGUCUGUAGCUGUGGUUUGUGUUUUGUUGGACCCACCUUUAAUAGGUUAAAGGGGAUGCUCCUUGUACUCCUUGGAGUAGAAUUUCAGCUUUGUAAGAAAGAAAGGGUUUGCUGCUAGUUGUAAUUUAUGGCCUACCAGACGUGGAGAAUGGGCAUGUACUUAGGUAGGAGAGGUUCAGAAAAUUCCCAGGAUUCUACAGCUUGAUGGAAUCAAGCCACUUCCAUUGGGCACCUUCAUCACCUAUGAAAGACUUAUUUUGUUUCCAUCCCCGCUGCCCACUACCCUUAGGUUUUUAGGUAAAGUUAUUUUUGUCUUUUUGGACUUCAUUUUCCUAUUUGAAAUGAGGAAGUUGAUAAGACAGUAAAAAGAAAAUACGAAAAAUUUUACAGUGUUCAAGCAUUGAUUGUGUUAAAAAUCAUAUUUCUCACAUCUAUAGCUCCAGUGAUAGACUAGGAUAGUAUACUUUAUGUAAUUAGAAUAAUAAAAAUGCAUGUGAAGGAUAUCACCAAGGGAUAACUUAAUAGUUGAGCCAGAUGAAUUACAUCUUGAGGAACAAAACAUACAGAUUAACUAGGAAAAAAUAGGAAUGAAGUUAGUUUGAUUUUGCCAGAUCUUAAAUGAUUAAAAUAGCAAUGAACAAAUCUGUUUAGUAUGGGUAAAAUAUAGAAAACCUUAUCAGUAGAAUGUAGUCAUUAAGAUUUGGAAGGAAAACCAUACUGCCCUUUAGUCUUUGAUGAUCAAAGAACACAGUAUUCUCCUGGGAAAACUGGUUAGUAGUUUGGUAGCAAAUACUUGUAGACCUACCUGUUACACCAUAUGCUACAAUACUAAGGAGAUAAAUGGUUAAAUUAAAAAAUUGUAGUAUUAACAAUUAAGGGGAAAAAGAAAUCAUCCCACUGUUAGUAGGGGAUGAAUUUGUAACCAGCUAUGAUGCACAUAUAAAAAAUAAAAGACAACUUCGAUUACUUGAGCAGUUGUGAAGUUUAUAAGUCUGAAAUGCAAAAUCUACCAGGAACUUCCAUGGUAUGAUUAAAAGCCAUUUUACAAUAGGUAAAGAAUUUCCCUUUUUUAAACCAUUCCCAGAAUUCUUAAAACCAUUUCCAGAAUCAUUUUGGGGAACUUUUUAGACCCCGUUAAUUAGUAUUGAAGAAUACUAUCCCCAUUAUUUUAUAGAAGUACUCCACCCCUCCAGAAAUUGAUUGUACAAAGCCUAAGAGACCUCUGAAUACUUAGAUCCAGCUACCAUUUGUUUGAAGGAUUCCAGAAUCAGAUUAAGAUGUGUUUGGUCUUAGUGAAUUAUCAGGCCCAGGAUGGUACACGUGAAAUCAUAAGAGGCAUUUUAAUCUUGAACACUUCCAGUGAUGAGGGGUUUGUUAUAGUAUGACAAGUUAUUUUUCUUAUGUAAAAAAAUUGUAUAUGACUAUUUUGUGUUUGAAUAGCUCGAAAUAUUACAUUUAUCUGAAACCUGCCUUCCUUUAAUUUGCCACCACUAGUUCUAGCUGUGCUUUAAGUUAUAUAGAACAGGCUAACUUUGUUCUUGUGACUCUUAAGAUAAAGACUGAUCAUAGUUACAUCUUUUCUAGGUUAAGCGUUCCAAUUCCUUUAACUUUUCCUCACAGGGGUCAUGGUAAUGAGUUCUCUCAGCAUGUUAUUCUUGGUCUUAUAGACAGAUUUCAAUAUGUCAACAUUCCUUUUAAAAUAUAAGAAACUUAGAAUACCAAGGAUGGAGUAACAGACUUUUCAGAAGUCCGGCUCCUAAUUAGCAGAAAUGAUUAAAGUUAGGAAAGCUGAUUGGCAGGCUUCAUGCACCACAUAUCCAAGAAUAACCCCACAGUGUCUAUUUUCUGUGGGAGCUUUGGGGUGGAGUAUGAUGUCUUUCUUUGAAAUUGUCUUAAAAAGUUGAGGGAAAAAAAUUUGAAUAAAAUAAGGGUCAUGAAACUUGCUCUAAAACGUUUGCCUCAAACUGAAGAUAGUGCUCCAGAUGCCAACUUAUUGUUGCAAAGAACAUCACAAACUCUUUUUCUCUGGGCAGUGUAUUUGUAAUUAAAGAGCGAUUUUGCUAAGUUUUACACUGAAAGUUUUCUCAAGUGAAGCACUUAUCAAAUAACACUGUCCAUCCUGAUCAAUAAAUCAACAAAUGCCAACCCA